GUGGCAUAGAAAAAUACUAAUUCAUCAAUCGAAGACUCAUUUGUCUAUUUUUAUAUAUUUAGCACAAUAAUUAAAUAGAAAAAGAAGAUCGAGUAAAACGUGAACUGUUGAGCGUUUCCAAGCAACUGCAGAUUUACAAUAAUGAUAUAACAACAUACAGGCAGGUGUAUAUAUAUAUAAAUCUUCUCCCUGCAAAACAUGAAAUCCAAAACAAUCAGAGAGCACAGUGAAAAAAGUGAAGAAAAAUGGAGGGAAAGCACAGUUGCAAUAACGGGUCAGCAGUUCUGGAUUGGAUUCGUCGGGAAUUGCUGGAGGAGGAUGAUAUUGAUAUGGAUCUGACACCUUCAACAACUCUAGCCACAGAUUCAUCAUCCUCGUCGGAGGAUGUGCCUGUGGUGCCAAGGAGGGGAGCUACUUACAAAGGCGUCAGGAGAAGACCAUGGGGGAAAUACGCAGCGGAGAUCAGAGAUCCCAACAAGAAGGGAACCAGAAUGUGGUUGGGGACCUACGAGACCCCUGAGGAGGCGGCCGUGGCGUAUGAUCAGGCAGCUUUCAAGAUGCGAGGCUCCAAGGCUAAGCUUAACUUUCCUCACCUUAUCAGCAGCCGCCCACACGAGGCAGAGGAGGUGACUCAUUGUGGUAACAAACGCCAGCGUUCGCAGGAGCACAAUCGUGAUCCAGUAGUAGCUAAAAGGCGAAACAACAUCAACAUAAUUAACAAAACCGCCAGACUUCCUUCCCUCGGAUUAAAGUCUGUUUUUAAAAACACCUACGAUGACUUUAUGAGACUCUAAUUCUCCUUUUUUCUUGUCCAAUCCAUAUUUUGCUCUUUUACUAUUUUACUACUACUACUAUUACGAGGAGCUUAUGCAUCUUAAUUGGCAGAAUGUGACAGAUUAAAUUACCUCUUACCUCUGCUUGGCUCUUCUUCAUAGUCUAUCACUCUACUUGGUUCACCAUAAAUAAAAAAAGAACACAUUAUUCUGA